UCUUGGCAGUAAGCAAAAUGGCGCCGUUGUGGAUGGUGAUGUCGUUAGCGGUUUCUUUACUUUUGACACCUUUUCUUAUGUUUUUACUGGCCAUAAUCUUUUUGGCAUCUAUCGGAAAAUCACUUGGGGUUAGAAGAUUAUAUAUAAAAUUGCUGCUAACACUUUUUGAGUAUGGCAGACAAAAUAUAGAGAACGUAAAAAAGAAAAACGGUACUUGGACAGAAAAUGACCAGGAUGCCGAUGAAGAAAACGAAUCGCGGCAUGUUGAAAAACAGAAUGUACAGAAUUGGAAAACGGAAAACGAUAUGCAAAAUGGGAUGUUAAGUAGCAAUGUAAUAGCCAGAUCGACAGAUUUGAUUUUGGUACCUGAGCCGGAAAUGCAGAAUCAUAAAAAUCAUCUGGAAGAAACAAAAACAGAAAGUUCUCAAACAUCUACAACUACUAGUCUUAUGCGUAGAGAUUCAUUUGAAACGCUAAAAAGAGAGUUCAAACCUGCAAUCUGUUUGGAUUAUAUUAAAGCUGGUGUAGAGGCUAUAAUUGAAGAUGAAGUGACAUCUCGUUUUGAGGCAGAAGAAUUGAAGAAUUGGAAUCUAUUAACUAGAACAAAUAGACAUUACGAAUUCAUUUCCUGGAAGCUAACAGUAAUAUGGAUGUGUGGAUUUGUUAUGCGGUACUGCUUUCUUCUUCCCUUAAGAAUAUUCAUUUGUUUUGUUGGAGUACUGUAUAUUGUAAUUACAACAUUUCUUAUUGGCUUCUUACCAAAUGGUUUUAUAAAGAAAUGGAUAUACAACAAAGCUAGUAUCAUAGCAUUCACAAUAUUAUCACAGUCUAUAUCAGCUACAAUUACAAUUCAUAAUCCAGAAUAUAAACCAAAAUCUGGAGGAAUGUGUGUAGCAAAUCACACUUCCACAAUCGACGUGUCCAUCUUAUCCACACAAACAACAUUCUCUUUGAUAGGUCAAAGGCAUGGUGGAUUUUUAGGAAUUCUACAAAGAGCUUUAGCACGUGCAUCACCGCAUAUUUGGUUUGAACGAUGUGAAGUUAAAGAUAGAGAAGCUGUUACAAAACGAUUAAAAAAACAUAUUUCUGAUCCUACAAAUCCACCUAUACUUAUUUUUCCUGAAGGCACUUGUAUAAAUAAUACAUCAGUUAUGCAAUUUAAAAAAGGAAGUUUUGAGGUUGGUGGUGUAAUCUAUCCUGUUGCGAUAAAGUAUGAUCCAAGAUUUGGAGAUGCGUUCUGGAAUAGUAGUCGAUAUUCUAUGAUUCAAUAUUUAUACAUGACUAUGUCGAGUUGGGCUAUAGUUUGUGAUGUUUGGUACCUUCCUCCGAUGUAUAGAAAUGAGGGAGAGAGCGCUAUUGACUUUGCAAAUAGAGUAAAGUCUGUGAUAGCAAGACAAGGUGGUUUAGUAGAUUUACAAUGGGAUGGUCAACUUAAACGAACAAAACCGAAAAAGGAAUGGCGAGAAAAACAACAAGAAGAAUUUAGUAAACGACUUAAAGCCGAAUAAACUAAAUCAUGUCUAGUCACACUUUUACAAUUGAUAUAGUGUGUGAUAUUUUGCUUAAACGAGAAUAUUUUUCCUCAUAUGCUGUUUUAUCUUCUUUGUGGACAUUUAUCUGUACGAAAGGAGAAAGAUAUGCAUGAUUUAAUUUGUUUUAUUUUACGAAUAUGGUAUGUUAUGUCAUGUUAAUUGAUUUCUACCGCAAUAUUUUAUUUUAUUACAAAAAAAUUAUUAGAGUACAAAAUUCAUCUUAGUAUUUAUAAUUGAAUUUAAAUAGUUGAAAUACUGUAGGUAACAUUUGUCAGUUUUUAAUACCAAGAUUCUAUAAUGAGGCAUUAUAAAUUUAUUUAUAUACAAUUAUAUACAAUGAAGUGUUUAAUAAGGAAUGAUAUAUUAAUGGUGUGUGAUUUUUUGUGCGUAUGAUUGUAUGUAGCAUCAAAUUCAUCCUAUUUAUAUUGUUAUAUAUUUAGAAUCAUCUCAUUAUCCCAUUAUUUUGAUAAAUAACUAUGAAUGUUUAAGGCUAUCUGAUAUUACACAGGAAAAGUUGCAUUUUUUUUUCCUAUAAAAAUGAUAAAGUUUUUAUUGUAGUGUAAGAAAUAAACUAUUUAUUCAUAUUUCUCAAAGAAAAAA